AUGCCAACGAAUAGCUUAGCUGAUAAUAGGGCACUUCUGCAGGUCCUCACACACGCCGAGAACACGAGCCGGUCACCUGGUGAGAUUAUUAAGAGCGCCAUUGCGGGUGGUGUUGUUGCUAUCGUUAUGGAUGAAGACAAUAGGUACGCAGAAUCCGUGUUGAUGCCGUCCUCUAGUGAUCUCACCACACUUGUGGUGCUCAUUACAGAAGGCUUCUUUGCACCGGUUCUUCGCCACGCGGCGGGCGACCAAUUGCCGGGUUACACCGUUGUUUCGGAGUCCGGCUGCUUCGAGCCGCUUUCCCUCCCGGUGCUACUCUUCCCUGACUGCUUUUUAUCGCCCCCGUCAGGUGGCUUAACGCCACACGCCGGGCGGUCUCCAUCACCGCAGGUCGUCAACACUAGUGACACAAAUAUGUCAUUGGACAGUUUCCCCACACACCUGGGGUAUACAGGCUCAACGGUGACUGCGAGUGUCCUUCAGCUUCACAAGCUGCGUUCUCAUGUAGCCUUCUUACUCCUUAAAAAUGUCAACGAGGUUCUGCACGACGCCGAAGUGUUAAAGCUGAAGGUUUCUAGGCAGAAAACGCAAGGUACAGCUUCUGAGGUAGUCGCCGCUAAUGCUGUGAUAGCGCUCUUUUACGAGGUCAAGAUGUUGCUGAUUUGCUGUCUUGUGAGUGCCAAUAGGGCCUAUGUGGUGACUGGGCAUCACACCGAAGUCCGAAACUCGGCACAGAUUUACUUUGACGAACUCAUUGGUUCAGAGGAGCUGCACAGGAUGUUCGAGCAGCGUGUUCGGCCGACGGCAGACGAUGUUGCAAAGUGGUAUGAUACUAUGCUUGAUUCUCUUUUAAGCGUGGCGUCCGCAGCGAAUAGCGGGUUGCAGGAGCUCGUGGAUGAGCUGCAGGCUGAAGUUGCGGAGGAGCAUCGUUGGGUCGGUGGGCUGCCACUGCAACUCCUCCACCGGCCACAUGACGCAGCAAGUACGACGGCACUUCAGCUGCAUUUUGCACACGUUGAGCUUCCUAGGAUGGAGGUGCAGCCCGGUGAGGCUGCGCUUUUUUAUGACUCACUACUGGAUCAUCACCUUCUUUUUGACUCAGAAACAUCCAAGAUUUGCCUUCUGCUCCGCCGCUCAGCUACGGCAAAGCUGACGCUGACACAGCUGCGAGACGCGGAGGAGAUGCUGUCACGUUCACCAUGGCAUGACCUCCGCAGCGCGGUGAGGGAGUCCGUGUGCCGCUACCUCUCCAAUGAUGGUUUUUUUUCCUCCAUGCUGGAGAAGAAUGGCUCCUUUGUGGCGCGGCUGGUGCACUGGCUGCGGGAGUCGUCACAACAACAGCAGCAAGUGGAAGAUGAAGCGAAGAAAAUGCGGGUAGAGAAAACGGAGGAGAGCCCAGCAAUCACUGGUGCUGGUGUUGAAGGCGCUGACGCCACACAGGAAACAGGGAUGGAUGGCGCGUCCUUGGCGAACGACAUCAUUGAACGCGCAGUUCGAGUACCCAAAUUCAGUGCUGCCAUUGUGCAGUUUAUUCGUGAGAUGAUCAACUACGGUGCGCUGCGUGAAACACAGCUGCACACAUGGGUGGCGUGCUCGCUUCCUGAAUUGGAGAACAAACCAUCGGCGACGAUUGGUCUCUUUGCGCUCCUCAUGACCUUCUCACUUGCGCAACAAGGCUGGGAUUUGCCGGAGGAGAUACGCGAGGCUUCCAUAAAACUCUGCACACAGCAUCGGCAGCAGCCAGACUGCCUCACGCUGUUGAAUCUUUUGCGUCGCCACUCUCAAUAG